CUCAUCAGCUGGAUAACUCAGUAGUCACGCAACACUCGAAGGUGAAGGACGUACUGCGAAUGGCGUCUGUUUAGUGCUUCAGAGAUCUCUUCAGCACAAUGGCCAGACUACCGUUGAGUGUCCAGGCCAUUGAGUCGAGCUACUGUGUGAGGACCACGCCGAGGAAGAAGCAGACAGCGUACUCAACAUGGAUCUGGGUGCUGACAUUCAUCACAUAUUGUGCUUAUCACAUGUCCCGCAAGCCCAUCUCUGUGGUGAAAAGUGUCCUCAACCAGAACUGCUCUGAUAUGACCCCUCCUGACAACACUACUAAUAAUACUCACUGGUGUGACUGGGCACCUUUCGGUAAGCAGGAGGACGGUGACAAUUCAGCUUCUCUUCUCAGCACGGUGGAUUCUUCCUUCCUUUUUGCAUAUGCUGUUAGCAUGUUCCUCAGUGGGAUGGUGGCAGAGAGAAUAGACCUUCGAAUAUUCCUCUCCGCUGGCAUGGUGCUCUCAGGGGCCUUUUGUGCCAUGUUUGGGCUUGGCUACACCUUCAAAAUCCACUACCUCUGGUUCUACAUCCUUGCACAGGUUUUGAGUGGUCUGGUGCAGUCAACAGGCUGGCCAGGAGUUGUUACUUGCAUGGCAAACUGGUUUGGCAAAGGAAAGAGAGGUUUGAUCAUGGGCAUCUGGAACUCUCACACAUCCCUAGGGAACAUCUUGGGCACAGUCAUUGCAGCAUCCUUUGUCACAGAGAACUGGGCCUUAUCCUUCAUCAUCCCUGGUCUCAUCAUUGCUGCAUUAGGGGUUCUAGUGUUCUUCUUCAUGGUGCCGGACCCCUCAUUGGUUUCUCUCCCCAACCCCAAUAACAAGGAAGAGGGUGUUUCUCCUCCCCAAACAAGAAGACAGAGGCUGCCUAAUUUUGCUGACACCAGUGAUGAAGAAGCUGCUUCUCUGUUAGACCACGAAUCCCCAGUGAACUAUGAUGACAAGACAAAGGAGGCACAAGCAACGGAGGUUGAGAUGCACCCCAGGGAUGACAAGGCUGUUGGACUCAAGCAAGCUCUUGCCAUUCCGGGAGUGGUUGAAUUUUCCCUCUGCUUAUUCUUUGCCAAGCUUGUAUCAUACACAUUCCUCUACUGGCUGCCCUACUAUAUUAACAGCAAAGAGGAUUCUGGUGGCGUUGAAGAGAGUGCCAACCUGUCCACCUUCUUUGAUGUAGGUGGCAUCAUUGGGGGCAUCCUGGCUGGUGUGGUCAGCGACUACUCAGGCAUGUCAGCAUCCACUUGUUCUGUGAUGCUGAUUGUUGCCAUACCUAUGAUGUUUGUUUAUCAGACAUUUGGUUCUGUGUCUAAUGGGAUGAACAUCUUCCUCCUGAUUUUGGUGGGUAUUUUGGUAAAUGGACCAUAUGCCCUCAUCACCACUGCUGUGUCUGCUGACCUGGGCACUCACAAGUCCCUCAAAGGAAAUGCCAAGGCUCUGGCCACAGUUACAGCCAUUAUUGAUGGCACAGGCUCCAUAGGUGCUGCUGUGGGCCCUCAGUUAGCUGGCCCAAUCUCCAAUUAUGGCUGGUCUUAUGUGUUUCUCAUGCUGAUGGUGUCUGACCUCCUGGCUCUGCUGCUGCUGACCCGACUAGUGAUGCGAGAAGUAAGAGGGUGGUACAGCAAAAGAAGGCAGCAGCCCCACACCCCUCUCUGAAGAACCUCCCUUCCUUAUCUUCAUCCCUCCCAUCUCAUUGACAGGACCUUGUAUUGUGUGAAUAUAAAGAAGGUUAUGCCCAGUUCACCCAUGAUGCCUGAGAAGCAUUCAGCUGUGCAUGAUAUUGAUCAGGUCUGUACAUUAGUGUCUAAUUUGGGAUGAAAUAAUGUACAUAUUCUUUGCAUGUAUUGUGCACUAAGUGCAAUUGUUGUAAAACAGUUAAUUUGAUCACUUGAAGUGUAUAUUUUAUAUAAUUACAAAACUCAUAAUAUUUUAACAAGCUUUGAGCACAUGGUAGAUGUUAGAGAGGAGUGUCUGACCUCACACUGGGAUUGAGGUAUGCAGUAUUUUAAAGACAUUGUUGUAUAAUUUAUGGAUUGUAAGUGUAUUUAUAUAUGAAAAUUAUAGUAAUGAAUUCCU